CUCAACACUGCGGCUGCACCCAGGAAGGUCCCGGCGAUCGUGGCGCACCCACUCACCCACACUCACUCACUCCGCUGCCUCGCUGCUGGUUCUUUGGCUCAGCACCAUGAAGGCCGUCAUUCAGAGGGUCGUAAAGGCCAGUGUGACAGUGGGCGAGGAGCAAAUCAGCUCAAUAGGAAGAGGACUGUGUGUACUACUAGGCAUCUCUGUAGAGGACACCCAGAAGGACAUUGAAUACAUGGUUCGCAAGAUCCUGAACCUGAGGUUGUUUGAAGAUGAAAACGGGAAGCAUUGGUGUAAGAGUGUGAUGGAUAAGCAGUUCGAGAUCCUCUUCAUCAGUCAGUUCACACUUCAGUGCAUCCUGAAGGGUAACAAGCCUGACUUCCACUUGGCAAUGGGAGCUGAGCAGUCGGAGGCCUUCUACAGUGGUUUCUUGCAGCACGUCCGGAAGGCCUAUAGGCCAGAGCUCAUUAAAGAUGGAAAGUUUGGAGCCUACAUGCAAGUCCACAUACACAAUGAUGGUCCAGUCACCAUUGAGUUGGAGUCACCUACAGGUCCUUCGGACCCAAGGCAGUUAACAAAGCUGGAGAAGCAGCAGCAACGAAAGGAGAAGACUAGAACUAAAGUACCCUCGGAAUACACCAAGGAGAAAAGUGCCUCACGCAGCAAAGAUGAUCCCAGUGCCAGCAGUGGCGCAGACGGCGACGUUUCUUCAGAAAGAGAGCCCUAAUUCCACUCUGUGCAAACUGUAAUGACAGGUUUUAAGAGACUUUCUUUUGGGAACACUGCACUGGAUUAUGGAUCCCUCCCCGAUGUCAUGGAAUAUUUGAACUGCAUUGACCUCCACUCAUUGUGUAAGGCAUCGGAAGUAGAGAAGAGGAAGAAAAAUUAAAUGAAAAAGUAACUUGAGCUCUUGAAACCUGAAAUGUAGCUACAAAUAAAGUUGUUGAGAAUCAAGUCCCACAAAUCUUUAACCCCGAUCGCUCUUGCGAUCUCUUGAAAGUACUUUUUAGGAUAUUUACAGUUGUUCUUUUUCCACAAGAAUUUGUGAAUGUUGGUUUCUACGGUAGGUUUAGCAGUAAUAGCACAAAAUUGGGUUGGCUACGACUUUUUUUAAUGGAGCCUGUUCUUCAAGCCAAUCAAGCACAAUUAGUGACAGCCAUCUAACCGAGCCUGGUGAUCAGCCAGUUACCAGACUGAUAACCCAGCACAAAGCAGUUCAAGGACUGAUUGAUGAGUUUGGUGUGAGAAACAAUUGUGCAAUGCACAGCUGCGUUAUCCAUGGAAAAUUGCACCACGCUGGAUCAGGGCAAGGUGCUGGAUAAGAGCCCACCAUUUUUCCAUUCAAUAUCUGAUUUCCUGUUGGGAUUCACAGAUUACUGGAGUGUAGAGCAGAAGUUGUGAGUUUGACUUUAAAUAAAAGAGAAUGCCCCAGUCUUCUUAAACUUCUCCUGAUAAUGUUCACUCCAACCCGCUCAACCCAGAUCUCUACUCUGUAAAUGCGUUUAGAGCUUACUGCCCUUUGGUUUCCCACAGAGCGUAAUUGUACUUCUGGAAGGUAAACACAGGGGUAGAUAUUAAUAUGAGAAUAGAAAUAGAAGGGCUACCUUAUAAAGAAGACAGCAACGAGAAUUGAAACACAGCAACAAACCUUUGAGGUUUGAUACUAGUUCUUUAAACAAUAGACCUUUACAAAACCAAGGGAAAAUUGAAAGUCAGCAAAAGUCACAGUGGGCACAUGUAACAUUCACAUUACGCCUUUCACUGCUUUUUAAGAGACUCCGUACUGUAACUGCCUGUGGCUGUUCAGAAAGAAAUGAGACAAGUUUCUGAAGAAAUUUUAAUUAUUCCCUUUCACUUACCAAAUUUAAAGGGCUCUUUCAUAUAUUUGUGUUUUAACUUUGUAAAUUUGUAAGGCAAAGAAAUUUCUGAUCACAACAUUGGAGCAUUCAAUUAAGAAAUGUACCAUAUAAAUCUGGCAGUGUACAGGAACUGAUAUUUGCAACAUUCUGAAAAUGUAUACAAAUUUGUCCUUGCACUGUACUGAUGGUGUGUGGGAUAUUGCCCUAUCACCACGCAGAGUGUGUGGGAUAUUGCCCUAUCACCAUGCAGAGUGUGUGGGAUAUUGUCCUAUCGCCACACUGAUGGUGUGUGGGAUAUUGUCCUAUCGCCACACUGAUGGUGUGUGGGAUAUUGCCCUAUCACCAUGCAGAGUGUGUGGGAUACUGCCCUAUCACCACGCAGAGUGUGUGGGAUACUGCCCUAUCACCAUGCAGAGUGUGUGGGAUACUGCCCUAUCGCCACACUGCUGGUGUGUGAGAAAUCGUCCUGUCACUACGCACAGUGUGUGGGAUAGUGUCCUAUCGCCACACUGAUGGUGUGUGGGAUAUUGCCCUAUCACCAUGCAGAGUGUGUGGGAUACUGCCCUAUCACCACGCAGAGUGUGUGGGAUACUGCCCUAUCACCAUGCAGAGUGUGUGGGAUACUGCCCUAUCGCCACACUGCUGGUGUGUGGGAUAUUGCCCUAU